AUGCUUGAUGUCAAGACCAAGGAUCGCUGCACCGGCAGCAGUCCAGUCCUACCGAAUGUCGCUCUACCAGCAUUGCCCGCAACGUCCGCUGCACCGGCGAUCGCUCCACGGCCUCCUUUUCUCGUCAGCGUCAACACCACCAUCACCGGUGCUCGGAAGCCUCGGACUCUACGCUCACGGCAGUGCACCCUCUCUCAGCCGCUCCGGACACCCGAAGCGUGUGUUGCAGAAGUCGACACCGACGGCGUCGCCCCCAAUAUGAGCAGCGGCAUCCGCUUCAACGUGCCUUUGGCCGCCACUACCGCGCAAUACAAGGAGGUUGACCAUCGGUCCCGACCAACAAUGUGUUUACUGCGAAGGGUUCCGGGUGGAACUUCCAUGGUCCUGGUAAGUGGCUUCUCGUUCAGCUCCGACUUGUACAGCGAGCUCAUCGAGUCCAUGAAGUGCGUCGACGUGGAAUGCCCUAUCUACCGGAGCACCUCGUGGAUUGGUUGCAUGCCAUUCAGAGGGCAGCACUAUAGUGUAUUGGGAUGCCAUUUCAAGGACUGGCAACAGCGCGUUGAAGCCAACACCGCUAUGGCUGGCUCCAUGCCUACUGACAUUGUCGAGAGGGUGUUGCAGUGCAAUGAGGAUGCCAACAGAGGCAAGAAGAAGGUGGUGCCGGCACUAACACAACCGCCAACACAAGCACUGCCGACGCCAAUGAAUCCAUAUGCCGGCUGGCCAAUGCCACCAUGGGCUCCACCGCCUUAUCAAGCCGCUCUGCAUCAAGCCGCUCUGCAGCCUCCAACUCUACCUCUGGCGGCAGUCGCUACUGCUCGUGGCAGCAGUCCUCUAACCAUCACCUAA